GGGGUGGCGCCGGCCAGGAGGAAGUUGUCUUGGUUUGCGCAGGGAGGUCAGGAACUGGGCAUCGGGGAAGGGCAGAAAGGCCUGUCUUUGCUUGCUGGGGUUUGUUAGGGCCUGCUGUGCAUGGAUGGUGUGACAGGGAUUGACGUGAGUCGGGCGUGGAAGAAGCAGGUGGUGGCGUCUGCCGGCGCCCUCGGGCUGCGGUGUGGCGCUGCGCUCCGGCCAGCGCAGGAGUCUGUUUUGUGUGAUGGAGGCACUGUGGUUCCGGAACCUCUUGUGCUGCAGCUCGGCUGCAUGCGGCACCCCGGCAUGGGUGGGCUUUCCUCUGCUGCUGCUCCCUGUAAAGCCUGCCAGGGGAGGGGUGCUCUGUGGUGCCUGGAAAGGCCAGCAGGUGUUUGCCAGGUGGACAGGCUCCAAGAGGCACGCGUCAGGGACCCGGAAGGUCCGAGAGGAGCCCCGUGGGGACUGGGGAGGAGGCUUGCGGUGGGCAGGCCCGCCAGGUGGAAGGAGCAGGCGGGGGAGCGGCAGGGCGGCCAGGUGCCCGGUGGGAGCUCCUGUGGCUCCCAGCUCCCUGACGAGGACGGACGGUGGCCUUGUUCCUUCAGGCCCAGGGACAUGCAGGGUGACAGACUUGCUGGGUACCCCAGCUUCUGGUGUGUGUGCAUGUGUGUGUGUGUGCGCACAAGGGUGAUGGGGGAGGGUGGCUCCCUGCUGCCGGGUGGGUUUGUGCUCUGCUGGUUCCAGGCCCUCGCAGAGCCUCGGGGUGGGGAGGACGCCCCUGUUGCCCGGGAGAAGCUGAGGCUGAGAGGGUCACGUGACUUGGCCACGGUGCUGGAGCUCAGGAGUGCCACGCUGGCAUCUGGAGAGCGAGCGACUGUGACUCUGGGGUCCAUCUCAGUGCCAGGAGGGACAGAGACGGACCACGCCCAGAGCAACUGCUGUGAGCCUUGGGUGGGCGGGGUUGGCGGCGCUGGCCGCACCUCGAGGUAAGGCCACUUAACCUGAGGAGGACAGGGCCCGGGAAAAGGAGAACACACGAUGCCCAGCGUGGGCCCUGGAGCCGAGGAGUCGCGUUCGUGUCACGAAGGAAAUGCUUCUCUCGUGAAGGACUUGCUGGGCCUCCGUCCGCCCUUGGCUCUGGGUCUCCUCCUUAGACCCCUGCUGCCGGUCCGGGCCUGGCAGCCUCCGUGCCAGGGGCAGCGGGUGGGCUGUGUGCUUCCUCAGCCUCACCUGGCCCCCCGCUCUCU